GAGGAGGGGGAGCGGGAGCGGCCGCCCGUGUUCCGGGUCAGGCGCGGGAAUGCGCGGCGGCGGCCGGCAGCGCUGCGCUCGGCGCCCCGCGAUGUCCCUGCCGGGAGGGCAGCGGCCCGCCGAGAGGCACUAGGGGGACGCCCCCGGUUCCGCCCCGCUCCGGCUCCCGCCCAUUGUUCUCCCGGGGCCGCCGCGCUCGCCCGGGGCUGCUUCCCGCCGGCGGCGGCGGCGCGCUGGAUGCGGCUUGCGGCCGCUGGCUCGCCGGGACCCGCGCUGCGCGGCGGCGGAGCGGGCAGCAGCUCCCGCGGCCGGCGGCGAGGAGGGGGCGGCGGUGAGCGGCGGCGCCCGCCCCGCGGCCCCCGGCGGCGGGGCGAUGUUCCACUGCAUCCCCCUGUGGCGGUGCAACCGCCAUGUGGAGUCCAUCGACAAGCGGCACUGCUCGCUGGCCGCCGUGCCCGAGGAGAUCUACCGCUACAGCCGCAGCCUGGAGGAGCUCCUGCUGGACGCCAACCAGCUCCGCGAGCUGCCCAAGCCUUUCUUCCAGCUUGUGAAGUUACGGAAACUUGGACUUAGCGAUAAUGAGAUCCAACGGCUCCCACCAGAAAUAGCGAAUUUCAUGCAGCUGGUGGAACUUGAUCUGUCUCGAAAUG